AUGCAGAUGACCCCUGGUAGCAUCACCAGUGACUUCGAGGCGACGCUAAUCAAGGGCAUCCGUGACCAAUUCCCAAGAACGUCUCUGAUUGGCUGUUUAUUCCAUUGGAAGCAAGCGAUUCGUCGAAAAUUGAUCGACCUCAGAAUUCCGGCCAAUCAGAUUUCUGAGGCUAUGUGUCCGGGGGUCAUCGACGUUUUGACAGUUAUACCAAUUGACGAGAUCCGAUGCAAGGGGAUUCCGUACGUGAUGUCAAUCGUCAAAACUAAGGGAGCGGCUCGCAUUUGGACCGGUUUCUGGGACUACUUCGUGCGGACGUGGAUGACGAUGUUCCCUCCCUCGCUUUGGAACGUCAACAGCUACAUUGAGCAGGAGGUGGAAAUGCACAACCGCACCAACAACCCAAUUGAGAGCUACAAUCGC